AUGGCCGACUUCAAUACAAUGUAUCAACACGGGCUCUACCUGUCUCCUGGUGAGCAGGAUCUCCUCCUAGCCGCACUUUCAUCAAACAACCCCAACACGAAGCAGCAAUACAACACUAAAAAAUCGAAUUCUGCUACAACUGUUAACAACACACCCGGUCAAGCAUCCUCCGGAAGCUUCAAUGCCUCCCCCGCCUUUGAUGGUUCAAAUAGCCAGUUCGGAAACUUCAACUAUGAUGAGAGCCCUUUCCUCGACUUCAAUCCGGACGUCGAAUGGGACUUUCAAGGAUCGGAGGAUCUAAUUGGAGAGUUGCCGGGAGGUGUUCAGUCGGAUGAACAUGAGGUUGGUGAUAAGCGGAAGGAGUCCGAAGACAACUCCGAGGAAGUAACUGGAAAGAAGCGGAGGGAGAGCGACGAUAAAGGUGAUGACAAGGCAGCGAAGAAACCAGGAAGGAAGCCGUUGACUUCAGAGCCGACUUCGAAGCGCAAGGCACAGAACCGCGCGGCGCAGCGGGCUUUCCGCGAGCGCAAGGAAAAGCAUCUAAAGGACCUGGAAACUAAAGUCGACGAGCUGCAAAAGGCCUCUGAUGACGCUAACCAAGAGAAUGGCUUGCUCAAAGCUCAGGUGGAACGACUCCAAGUCGAACUUCGCGAGUACCGCAAGCGUCUCUCCUGGGUAACGCACGGCAAUGCGCUUUCUGCCAUCAACUCAUAUCCGGGCAACGCAAACCGCAUGUCGGGUCUAAAUAACAAUGACUUCAUGUUCGACUUCCCCAAGUUUGGUGACCUUCCUGGUGGACGUAUCUUCAGCGGAAAGACCCAGGACAAGGCCAAGGAUGACAAUCCUAUCCCUGGUGUUAUCAAUCGUCGCUCCGCACCACAGGCGCAACCAUCCAACAGGACAUCCACAACCGCCUCUCCCAAGGAAGCUACACCUGGCAAAUCUGCCACUACAUCACCAAUCUCAACUGGCCUUCCGUCAAGCCACAUUACCAACAUGUCUUCCUUUGGCUUCCGGCAAUCAGGGACAGGGCCUCUUGAGGGGUCCACAUCUGAUUCCCCUUCAUCCUCAUCAGACUCUCACCAGUUCUUGUCAUCCAAUGGAACGUCUCCGGAACCUAGUGUGCAGUCACCAGAAAACAAGCCGCACGACUCCCACGAGGGACAUUCCUGCUCGAUUGAUGCUGUGAGACACCGAAGCGAAAGCGCUACGAACACGCCCAAUCAACAAGCCAACACAAACACCUUUGAAACGCCAGACAAUUUCCCAGGGCUUGACUUUUUUGCUCAGCAGAAUGGCAAUGCCUUUGAUCCCACGCUGUUUGGAGACUGGCGGGAAUCUCAGAAUGCAAUUCUGUCCCAGGAGUUCAACACAUUCUUCGACGAUGCCUUCCCAUUGCCUGAUCUGGGUAGCCCCUCGCAUAAUCUCAGCGAGGCGGGCGCUCAUGCUCAGCAGCCCAAGAAGAGCAUUCUUGAUGAGAUUGAUAGCAGAAUGGAUGAAGAGGUUGUUCCUGGGGAGGACAAGGCACAAAUGUUGUCUUGCACCAAGAUAUGGGACCGCCUGCAAUCUAUGGAGAAGUUCCGCAACGGGGAAAUCGACGUCGACAAUCUAUGUUCGGAGCUGCGUACAAAGGCUCGCUGCUCUGAGGGAGGGGUUGUCGUGAAUCAGCGAGACGUUGAUGAUAUAAUCGGCCGCUCCUGA